AUUUACCCGGAUAACACUUUACUUUGAUCUUUCGAAAUGGUGGCUGUUCUCGUGACAGAAAAAGGGGAGAGUGUCGGGAGGGAGCGGCUGUGUGUUUCAGGACGAACCCACUCGUGUUGAACUGAAUGGCAGUGAAGAAAUGUGAAGCCUUUGUGGAAGAGCCGCUUAUUAAAUAAAUAAAUUCGCAGCAGCUAGCCCCGUCCGAUGUCACAGGCUCCGGUUUCGGUGGAACCUUGUUUGAUGCCCAGAACCCAACGACAGCCUGAGCGGUAGCUAGUCGAGGUCGCUGUUGUGUGACAGUUUAAAUCGCUGUCUGAUGGUGAACUGGCUAGUUGAGACACCUCAUAGCCAACUAGCUAAAUGACGCUUUGGGCAGAACGAGGAAGCAAAGCCCGCUCGGUUCGCCUUCUGGUUGAACUCUGGGUCGGUGUUUGUUCGUUACGGUUCUCCCUCUACAGCGGGUUGCUGGGAUGGUGGUGUACGCGGUAAAGUUAGCCGAGCUAACUGACAUGGCGAGCUGUGAUGGCGACGUGACUCCGUUGCGUUGAGAACGGAGCGGGAAGUGGAAAGUGAUUUAAAAUCCUUCGAGCUGGACUCCCUGGACUAGCAGAGGAGAUGAAGGCAGCAGACGAGCCUGCCUGCCUGACAGUGGGGACAGAUGUCAGCGCCAAGUACAGAGGAGCAUUCUGUGAAGCCAAGAUCAAGACUGUUAAGCGCAUGGUCAAGGUCAAGGUGACUCUGAAAGGUGAAAGCACGUCUCAGGUGAUCCAGGACGACCAGGUGAAGGGACCCCUGAGGGUGGGUUCCACUGUGGAGGUGAGGACCAAUGAGGGUGUGUGCAGCGAGGCCACCAUCAGUAAGCUGACAGAUGCCAGUAUGUACACUGUGGUCUUUGAUGAUGGCGAUGAGAAGACUCUUCGACGAACGUCGCUGUGUCUGAAGGGGGAGAGACAUUUUGCAGUGAGUGAGACGCUGGACCAGCUGCCGCUGACGAACCCAGAGCAUUUUGGGACUCCAGUCAUUGGCAAGAAGUCCAACCGAGGCGGCCGACGGUCAUCCCAGGCUGUAGCCGAUGAGGAGAACGACAUGUCCUCCAGUGAUGAAGAGGAAGAAGAGAAGAAGAGGCUGACUGAUGAGCUGCUGGGACAAGUCUGCAGCAUUGAGAACUUGGAUGAGUCCGUCAACUGGUUCAUGGCUCUGAUGGUGUCUCCCAGCUGCAACGAAGAGCUGGUGUUGAAGAAGGAUCAGUGUCUGGUCAGAUCAUUCUACGAUGGGAAGUUUUACACCGUGGCGAGAAGACACGCCCACCUCAUCAACACUGUUAGUAUCAACAAGUUGGAGUUCUUUAACAGAAAAGGUUUUAAAGAGGCUCAGAUGUUCCUGAAGAGCAGAGAAGUUCCCGAUGUGUGGAAGAUGGAUAUGUGUCAGAUCCUAGACACGUCCUCCAGCGAAGAAGAUAAGGAUGACAAGGAAAGUGAAGAAGAGGAGGGCGACAACAACAAUGAUGGCAACGAGCAGCUGGAGGAGGAGGAGGAUGAAGAUGAAGACGAUGAGAAGAAGAAGUUCAUAAAGGAGGAGCCGGAGGAGGAAGCAGAUCCCGAGGAGAGGGAGAACUUCCUCCAGCAGCUUUAUAAAUUCAUGGAGGACAGAGGGACUCCUAUCAACAAGCCCCCUGUGCUUGGGUACAAAGACCUGAAUCUCUUCAAACUCUUCCGGCUGGUCUACCACCUGGGAGGCUGCCACAAGAUCGAGUCUGGCACCGUGUGGAAGCAGGUCUACAUGGAUCUGGGGAUCCCGGUUCUCAACUCUGCUGCAUCCUACAAUGUCAAGACCGCCUACAAGAAGUAUCUGUAUGGGUUUGAGGAGUAUUGUCACUCUGCCUCCAUAACCUUCAGAACCAUCCAUCACAACACGCCUCCACCCGCCGUGCUUCUGUCCAAUCAUAAGAGAGCACGGGCGGAGCUAAAAGAGUCUGCAGCACACGGGAAGGUGGAGCCUGCUGAUGACAAGCAGGAGGAGUCCGACUCGGACAGCGAGAGCGAAAAGGAGGUGAAGGAGAGACACUUAUCCCUGCGGGGGAGGAGGUGUGUGGGUGGUCGGCUCAGGCUGCCAAGGCCAGAACUCCCAGAUCAGGGAGAGAACAGUGAAGAACAGAACCGAGACUUGAGGAGGCGCAGCAGCAGACGGAUGGAUGACUCUGAAAAGGGGUCUGAUGAGGAGGAAGAAGAGGAUGAGGAGGAAGAAGAGGAUGAGGAGGAGGAUGAAAUGAGGAGAAACAGGAGUGAGGAUGAGGAGGAUGGAGACUCUGUGACGGGGACGAAGGUCAGAGUGAAGUAUGGCAGAGGAAAGACGCAAAAGAUAUAUGAAGCUCAUAUCAAGAAGGCGGACAAUGACAACGGAGAACAGUUUUACCUCGUUCACUACUAUGGCUGGAAUGUCAGGUACGACGAGUGGGUGAAGGCCGAUCGCAUCAUUUGGCCUGCAGAGAAGGGAACCAGGAGAACGCAAAGGAAGAAGGUGAAGAACAAAGAUGUUCCAGAGCGAGAGAGAGAAAAGGAUGAAGAGAAGCUGACUCCUUUGGGGGGAGUUAAGCCGACAGGCUUAAAGCGUGGACGACCCCAGAUCAGGACCCCUCCCACCAGCUCUGCUGGGCGCGGCAUCCUCAGAACCGGUGGUGGUGAAGGGCAGUCCAAUGGAAGGUUCACCAGGAUGGACUCGUCCAAUUUAGCCAAUGGAGACGACACGCCGCGCCGAAGAACCAGGAGAACGUCCAGCAUGUACGAAUCCGAUCAGGCAUCCAACGAAGAUUCUGGGAAUUCGUCGGUUGACAGCGAAACGGACGACCAGCCAGAAAAGAAUGAUCACUUGUUGCCAUGGCAAAAGUCCAGUCAGCCAGAGGAGGAGCAGGAGGACGCUGAGGAGGAAAUGGAGGUGAAGGAGGAGAUGGAGGAGUCCAGUGUUGUUGAACAUGCUGACAGCAGUCCAGUUGCCAUGGUAACUUCAGCACCGCUGUCAGCUGUUGCCAUACCUGGGUGUCCCAGCACACUUCAGGAGAAAGCUGAUGAAGAGUUGAGCCAGUCGGAGAGGAGAGAAGAGGCACAGGGGGCGGACCCAUUUGGAGAGUCCUCUAUGAUGUCACCUGACCUGGACAGAGACAGCCGAACGUGUCCAGUGCCGUCCACCGCGUCUGUGCAGUGUCAAAACAAGAUGUCACCUGGACAGGAAGUGCUCCACGAGACGGCUCUUCACAUGAUUAUCCUGCAGGGUGAGGCAGCAACUUCACCCCGUACCACAGAAGACAGCAGCCACUCCUCGCCUCAAGCCUCCCCCAGGGUCAAAGGUCGCAGGCCCAACCUUAGGGAGGCAGGCUCUGAGACUUUUCCACUCAUCCCUUUUUGCAACAUCAGCCCCCCCAACCUCUCCCCCUGCACCCCCCAGGCAGCAGUGCUGUCUGCUGCUUCUCGUAGCAUCCUCAAGAGACAGGAUGAGCCAAUGGUGGUUCUCCACUGUCUCUCCUCUCAGCACCUCCUCCCCAAGUCAUCUUCUGCUGCCAAUUCUGACACUGACUCUGCCACUGAGGAGGAGGUGGUGGGGGAGGGCGGAGGACCGGAGCCGUCUCCCCAGGAGAGGUUGAAACAAAAAUCAGAGCAGAGUCCGGCGGACAAAAAGGAGAGGAUACCUGAGGACGUCUCCCCCAAAAAUACUGCUACUGCCAAAGCUCUCGUCUCACCCCCUCACCCUGAGAGGAGGAGUGAUGUGGGAGUGAGAGCAAACAACCUCCCCCACCCAGUAGAGGCUCCUCAGAGCAAUCAGGCAGAGGAGCACCCUGAUGAGGAACCUGAGGUGCAUGCUGGGAGUCCACCACCUGUUCCCGAGGUUCCAGCCCCCGUCCCAGUAGAGGAGCUGGAGCCACAGAUCGGCCCCGAGGCUCUGGUUUGCCAUGAGGUGGACCUCGAUGACCCAGAUGAUAAGGAGAAGCCCAGCUCCUCGUCAGAUCACCUUCUAAUGCUGAGGGAGCAGCAAGAGGCCCUGCCCCCCCUUCCCCUUGUUGUCCACUCCUGCCUUACCCCCCACAGCAGCCCCCACCCCCCACAGCCUCAGGUUAGGCCCUUCCUUCUAGCUCCAAAACCCAACACCUGUCCCAAGGAGCACCACUCCGUCAACGAGGCCACCGAGGAGGAGCAGGGAGCAGCCAGGGGGGAGCUGGAGGGAGACUUCAGCCCCGGGUUUGAAGGUAGCGCCUCCUCCUCCACCACCUCCCUUCUGUCUCUGCAGGAGAACAAGGACAGAGGUCAGAAGAGGGUGAGCGACUGCAGCUCGAGUCCGUCUGCCAAAAAACACAAACGCAGCCAGAAACGGCCGCACGCCGCAGCCAAGGUGGACAAGAACGGAGCAGGUCACAGCAGCGACAGCGAAGACCAGUCCCGUCUCCUGUCCCUAUCCAAACCUCACAAGUCUCGUUGUCCAGGUCUGUCGCCUCCAUCUGCUCACAGUAAAGACAAACAGAGCCCCCCUCCUCAUCAACGCUCCUACAAGUGGACCCUCCAGCUCGAUGAGCUGGACAGCAUGUCGAGCGCUGAGAGGAUCUCCUUCCUGCAGGAGAAGCUGCAGGAGAUGAAGAAGUACUACAUGAGUCUGAAGUCUGAGGUAGCCUCCAUCGACAGACGCAGGAAAAGACUAAAAAAGAAGGAACGAGAAGUGUCCAACACAACAGCAUCGACCUCUUCGGGCUCCUCGGACACCGGCAUGAGCCCCUCCUCAGCCUCACCCACCCAGAACACCGUGGCUGUGGAGUGCAGGUGAUGACACGCCCAACAACCACGCCGCAGGCUCCACCCACUCUGAUAGACUAAUGGGGCCGUGUGUAACGAUGCUCCUGUGAGCUGGGACUGAUGCAGUGGCUGAUGGGAGCUCUGGAGAAGGCCUCGUCCCUUUACCUGAAGACACACUUCCUGUUUGAGGAGGAUUAUGUGAGCUCGCUGGUUUUUUGAACUGUUGCGAAACUUUCCCUUUUUUUUUUUUUUCCUUCCCUGUUCCCCAGCAGGAUGUCCGCUCCGCUUUUCCACCUCUGAGCACAUGGAUGGGUCAUUUGGUUCCGAUACAUUUCCUGAUUCCUUCCAUUACACCACUUGCCUCUACAUGAACUGGAGCUCGUUCUGAUUCUCACCGGCGAGUCUCAAAUUUUAAAUAAAACAUUUAUUUUUCUCUCAAGGAAGUAAAAAAAAAACUGUCCAGAUCGUUUCAUUCUCUCUGAAGUUAAAACUGCAUCAUUUAGGAAGUCGGAUUGAAGGAAGUCUUAAAAUGAAAAACUAUUAAUUUAUGAAACAGUCCUUUUAGCUGAAUACCCCUGACACACACACACACACACACACACCUCGCCACGCUUCUUCACAUUGACAGGUGGAAUGUCAUUAGUUCCGGUGAUGACUUCUGCGUUUCCUUGUUCUGACUGUAAAUGCACUUAUGAGCGUGUGACUGUGGAAUCCUCUGGAGGUUGUUGUUUAUUUUUGUGUUGUUCUGAGCCCGACCCGACCCACAGCUUUGGUUCUGAUUUUGUACUGUUUUCUCAUGAAGCUCCUCCUGCUGCUCUCGUUUCUUUUCCUCUUCCUGUCCUGUUUAUCUGGCUCAGACAGAAGCUGCUGCAGCUCAACGUGUUUAUUUUGUACAGAAACUGCUGAGAACAGAGUAAAUCCACCUGAAUCUGAGAAUUAGAUUUUACACACUGCAAAAACCAAUUUCUAAUAUUUUCUAAGAGAAGACUCUUUGUACUGUAGUAUUAUAAACUCCUCCGCUGUAUUUUCUUUCUUUGUGUUUAGCUGGCUUUGGUUUUGGAGCCAGCAUGUAAAUACAGAAACACACACUUUGAACAGAAGCCAUGGUGUGUGUGUGUGCCUGCGUGAGUGUGUACACUCUCUCUGUUUCUAAUAAAGUUUUUAACCAUG